UGCAAUGUUUGAUUGACAAGAGGAUGUAGCCUUUACUGAAAGCCAUUUCUUUUAAAAUACCCUGCAUUUAGUCUUCAAGAAGCUUCAAGCAAGUGUCUGGAGAAGGGGUUUCACCCUGUCUUGUGGCUGUUUUCAUCUCUUGCUUCUGCUUGAGUUUUCCUGACUUAUCAUUCGAUCGUUUUGGCUUUCUCGUACUUGUGGGACACACCGGCAUUUUCAUACUUGGAUGUAUUCAGACAUUCAUUAUGAAUAUGGGGAAGCAACAUAUGUAUGGAGAACAGGGCAAACAGCUUCUCUGUGGCCAACAUUCCUCUGUAUUCGAGAGCUGGAUCCUUCAAAGAGUUUAGAAAGGCUACAUGCAAAAAAGCUGAGAUAAUCAUGGCUUUCCUUGCUUUGGCAGUUCAACGUAUGCAUUUAAUUCAGAUGGACUCAGUCCAACGCUGGAUGGAAGACUUGAAGCUCAUGACUGACAGUGAAUGCAUGUGUAUCCUUCAGUCUAAACCAAUCAGUUUGGAAGAAGAUGGCGAAUUUUCCGUUUCAUCUCAACAUGGCACCUGUGACAACUUGCAAUUGUUGCUGAAAAGAGCUUGGAUUAUAAGUACUGAGUUGACCAGGAUUGUUCAAAAGCUGGAGAAGAAUAGAUGGCAGAGGGUGCACAGCAUGACAGUCCGAGUCAGCUGCCAUGUCCGAUCAAUGAUCAAUGAAUAUAAUAUACUCACAAGGAAUUCUUGGGAAGAAAUGCAUCAGUAUAAAAAAAUGCUGGUGGAAAAGUGCUCGGAGCUUACAACAAUUACUGAAAGGUGCAUACAGAUUGAAGAUGAACAAAUGUUAAAAUCAAUGAAAUCUUGUAUUAAUGAUGCACUAACCACAGUGGCACAGUAUUUUGCCCAAUUGAUAGAACUAGCUCUAACAUAUGAAAUAAAGAACUUGGUGAAGGAGAUAGAUUCAUCAGAUAACAUCUAUUGUGUAGAAUCAGCUGUAAGCAACUUAUUCAGUCUUACUCAAGAAGGAUCUCAUUUGUGUCGCAUCAUUGCAAAGGAAGGAGGUAUUGUUGCCUUGCUUAAAAUCUGCCGUCAAGAUUGCUUCAGAUGCCUAUAUCCUCAAAUACUUCGAACACUGGCCUCAGUAUGCUGCGUGGAAGAAGGAAUCCAACAGCUGGAAAAGGUUGAUGGAAUAUUAUGUUUGGCUGACAUUCUUACAGAUGGUAUACAUUCCCAGGCUACUCAUGCUGAAGCAGCUGCAGUAAUAGCUCAGAUCACAUCUCCUCAGCUCACUUCCACUCAGCAUCUCAACAGCUUUCUUGAGAACAUGGAAGAAAUUGUCACCGCGCUUCUCAAACUGUGCCAAGAGGCUGCCUCUGGGGAAGUUUUCCUAUUGGCUUCAGCUGCACUUGCCAAUAUUACAUUCUUGGACUCAAAGGCCUGUGAGAUGUUGCUUCAGCUUGAUGCCAUGAACAUUCUUAUUGCAGCUUGUUCUGACAAACAGAAAGUAGACAGUUCCUAUUCUCGAGAUCAGAUUGUAACAGUAUUAGCAAACCUGUCUGUCCUGGACCAGUGUGCUUCAGAAAUAAUGCAACAAAAUGGUAUUCAGGUUUUAAUGGAAAUGCUAUCUGAAAAAUCACCAUUUGGGAAUUCCCCCGAAAGAGCUGCUUGUGAACAAGUUCAACAAAAAGCCGCAGUGACACUCGCCCGGCUUAGCCGUGAUCCUGAAGUAGCUCAUUCAGCCAUAAAACUCAACUGUAUUCCACGUCUCAUACAACUUUGCAGGUCUCCAGGUGAAAGAAAUAACAGUGAUUCUGUUCUUGUUGCUUGUCUGGCAGCUUUACGGCGGUUAGCUGUGAUGAGCCCUGAUGGUCUUCAAGAGUCAGAUUUCCAGCAGUUGGUGAAGCCCAGGCUUGUGGAUUCCUUCCUGCUUUGUACGAAUAUGGAAGAAAGCUUUGUUUAAACAACUGCAAUUUUAUUAUUAAUGUUAUUCAUAACUGAUUGACUGCUUAUCAUUUAUUUAUUAUAAGAGCUAACAUAGAAAAAAAAUGCCACUUCACAUUUCUGAUCCCUAUGAAAAAUUGUCUCUACCUCUUCUAGGGUUUGCACAUUAUAAAUAUAAUAAUUUAAAUAAAAUAAAUAAAUAAAUAAUACAGAAUGGGAGAUAGGUCCACUUCCACAGCCAUUCCCCACUCAUGGUUUGAUAUCGGACAUCAGUGACUUAAUUUUGGGGGUGGAAACAGCAGUGUGAUUAAGGGAUGGAAGGCAAGCAAGGGGCAGGGAUUGGUAAUCCAUAGUUGUGGGUCUAUAAGCAGAUUUCAUACUUCUUUUUUAUAUCUUUUGGGACCUUGACAACUGUGGAAAAUUGUUGGAAUAUUUUUAGAGAAAAACAGAAGAAAGUGAAUAUAUAAAUAAGGGAUAGGUUCACAUAGCAUGGUGCAAAGUGGCACUUUGUACUGUGAAUUCAGUUGAAUUUCCUCAAGUAGAAUAUUACUUUAGUAUUAGUGGCUAACAUGAUUGCAUGGUACACAUUAGGAUAUGCAAAGGUUCAUCAAAGUGUCCUUUGAUGUUGCUACAUAAACCUGAAUAGUCUCAGGUAUUUACCAAAGCUUUAUGAUGGCCAAACCAUGUUGCAGCAAUGCUUCCAGAACUUUCCAUGAUCUUUCUAUGGCCUUAUAUCCUGAUAAAGCAAAGCAUAGUUGCCCAUUUUGAAAGGAGCUUGAGGUGACACUUGCUUUUUCAAGAUGAGGCAUUGCUCCUUCAAUCAUAUUUAAUGUAGCCCCACAAUAUACAGUAAUUCCAUCUUACACAGGCCUGAUAGAGAGGGAAACAACAUUUGGAGGGGAGGGGAGCAAAGGGGAAUUGAAUAACAAAGCUUCUGUCAUGAAUUUCCAACUCAAACCCCACAAGUUACAUACCUGUGGCAAAUGCAGGAUGCAAAUAUGAAUGGAAGGGCUUUUCUAUGUACAUGUUUGAUUUUCCAACAUUUUAACUAGUUGAGGAUGCAGAUGCUUUUGGAUCUCUAGAUGCAAUCUCCAGUUUCUUAGUCAUUAGUCAUACUGUUGAGACUGAUAAAUGUUGAAAUCCAAAACAUCUGGAUAACAUCAGGUUGCUCACUUCUUGUAGUCCUCAGAUAUACAUGUACACAUUUAUAUUUUUUAGAAUUUUGCAAUUCUGUUUACAAGUAUGAAAAUCUAUGUAAAAACACACCUGUUCAUUUCUUGAAUACUCUGCACCCAACAAUAAUAUAUUAGAUAAUAAUUACAUUGUAACAAAUAAAAAUCACCUGCAGGAAAUGCAUAAUUAGGAAAAAUACAGAAUUGCAUAUAGAAUUAUUAUUACUUUUUUGCUGAAUUAGCUAAGUCAUGUACCAAAUCACACUAGUACAGCGGUUCUCAACCUAUGGGUCGCGGCCCCAUUUGGGGUCGAUCGACCAUUUCACAGGGAUCGCC